CUGUUUUAUUUAAGGCUACACCGCCGAAUAUAUGAGCACGAAAAUUACGCCUACGAGAAACUUCCACGUGAGUGGGAUUGGCGAAAUGUAAAUGGCGUCAAUUACGCCUCAGCGGAUCGCAAUCAACAUAUUCCACAGUAUUGUGGCUCCUGUUGGGCGUUCGGAUCCACAUCUGCUCUUGCUGAUCGUAUAAACAUACAUCGAAAGAACGCAUGGCCACAGGCGUAUCUUUCUGUGCAGGAAGUAAUCGACUGCUCUGGAGCCGGAACAUGUGCAAGUGGAGGAGAACCCGGUGGAGUAUACAAAUACGCUCAUGAACAUGGAAUUCCCCAUGAAACAUGUAACAAUUAUCAGGCUAGAGACGGAAAAUGUGAUCCGUACAAUCGCUGCGGAUCGUGCUGGCCAGGAGACUGCUUUUCUAUUAAGAACUACACUCUUUACAAAGUCAAAGAGUAUGGAGGUGUGCAUGGGCUUAAUAAAAUGAAAGCUGAAAUCUACCAUCAUGGACCGAUAGCCUGUGGAAUUGCAGCUACGAAAGCGUUCGAGAGUUAUAAUGGAGGUGUUUACAAGGAAGUGACCAAUGACGACAUCGACCACAUCAUCUCAGUACACGGAUGGGGUGUUGAUGAAAAUGGAACGGAGUACUGGAUAGGACGUAAUUCCUGGGGUACUCCUUGGGGAGAAGAAGGAUGGUUCCGUGUCGUCACUUCUGCCUACAAGAGCGGUGGCAGUAAAUACAACCUCAAGAUCGAGGAAGACUGUGUUUGGGCGGAUCCGAUUGUGUAA